AUGGAGAAAUCUGUUGUUGAGGAUCAGGUGUCAAAUCUGGAUGCGGAGUUGGCGGUUGAGGUUUUGAGGAGGAAGAUCUUAGAGGCUAUUUUGGCUUGGUUCCUUCAAAAGGGGGUGGUUUGUGUGGUGGACCAUGUUUUCGAGAGUAGUAAAUUCACGCUUGGGAUCCGACGAGUAAAGACCGCAUGUGUGGUUGUUGGUAUAAAGAGUGGGAAGCAGAUGGAAUUUGCAUCAUAUCUUCAUUUGAGCAAGCUCGGUCUCACUGACCUUCGCCAACUAUGUUCCGAGGAAGAGGUACUUGCUUCAGAAGGUGGUGUCGAGGGCGCUGCCUUGGGUCAUGCCAUCCAGGGUUGA